CAACCCAUCUCUCUUUCCUUUAUAUUAAUCUUUCCACACCCUUGAGAGCCUCAGGGCUCAAACUCAAUCCAGCUCUCACAAACUCACACUCAUACACAUAAUAUUCACACACUUUUGGGUUCUUUUUCUCUUUGUGUUACAAAACAAAAAAAAAGACGAGAGAAAUUUUUUUUUUUUAAAUAAAUAAAUAAGAAGAAGAAGCAAGCAAGCUAGCUAGCUAGCAAAAGAUGGCUUCCCCACCAGACACAAGCAAGACCAUAAAGCUAGAGCGCUACAACAGCUACCUCCGGAGAGUGAACAGCACGAAGCUCCUCAACGCCUCCUCCAAGAUUUUAUUCCGAGCCACUCUCCUCAUCGCGCUUGCGCUCAUCUUCUACUUCACCGUCAAUUAUCCGCCGCUUUCCGAUAAUCCCCACCAUGUGCACACCCACCACAACUUCCUCUCAUCUGCCCUCUACGGCCCUCGAUCUGGCGGCGCAGCCUGGGAGAAGCAAGUGCGGCACUCGUCCACCCCGCGCCGCCCCAACGGCAUGUCCGUGCUUGUCACCGGCGCCGGAGGCUUCAUCGGUUCCCACUGCUCGCUGGCGUUGAAAAAGCGCGGCGACGGCGUGCUCGGUCUCGACAACUUCAACGACUACUACGACCCGUCGUUGAAGCGCGCCAGGCAAGCGCUGCUGCUCAAACACCAAGUGUUCAUCGUGGAAGGGGAUUUGAACGACGGCCCAUUGCUUAAAAAGCUAUUCGACGUCGUUCCGUUCACGCACAUCCUCCACCUCGCCGCCCAAGCCGGCGUUCGGUACGCCAUGCAGAACCCGCAGUCGUACGUGAGCUCCAACAUUGCCGGGUUUGUGAAUCUCCUGGAAGUGGCGAAGGCUGUGAAUCCUCAACCGGCGAUCGUCUGGGCGUCGUCCAGCUCCGUCUACGGCCUCAACACCGAAAACCCAUUCUCCGAAAUGCACCGGACCGACCAGCCCGCCAGUCUCUACGCCGCCACCAAGAAAGCCGGCGAAGAAAUCGCCCACACCUACAACCACAUCUACGGCCUCUCCCUCACCGGCCUGAGAUUCUUCACGGUGUACGGACCUUGGGGGAGACCAGACAUGGCCUACUUCUUCUUCACAAAGGACAUCCUACAUGGCAAGACCAUUGACGUCUACCAGACGCAGGACGAGAAGGAGGUGGCGCGUGACUUCACGUACAUCGACGACGUCGUCAAAGGGUGCCUCGGAGCGCUAGACACGGCGGAGAAGAGCACCGGUAGCGGCGGCAAGAAGCGCGGCCCGGCGCAGCUGAGAGUCUACAAUCUGGGAAACACGUCGCCGGUGCCGGUGGGAAAGUUGGUGUCCAUAUUGGAGAAUUUGCUAAGCACCAAGGCUAAGAAGCACGUGAUCAAGAUGCCGCGUAACGGAGACGUGCCCUUCACGCAUGCCAAUGUGAGCUUGGCCUUCAGGGAUUUCGGAUACAAGCCCUCCACGGAUUUGGCUGCCGGGUUGAGGAAAUUCGUCAAAUGGUAUGUAAAUUAUUAUGGGAUUGAAUCCAAAUUCAAGAAGGAAAAUAAGUUCGGCAACGAGCGUCCAGAAGAAUCCGAUUGAUGAUGGUAAAUGCUCGUAAUUAAUCAUCACAUGGGUGACUUUUGUUUUUUUCUGCUGAAUUAAUUUCUGCUUCUUUUUUUUUUUUUUAAUAUAAGUUAUUGUUGGGAUGGAUCAAAUUGUACUUGAAGAAGCUGUUCUUGUUGUAACAUAGAGAUAUAUAAAUUUGUUAUAGGAGAUGAUGAAGAAGAAGAAGAAAAAAGAAAAAAAUUAAGAAUUUGUGGGAGAGAUCGGGGAAGUGUAGAUCUGAGGUGGGGGGAGGGUGGUGUAAUAAUGUGGGUGGGGUCUGCUAGAAAGCUUGCAGAUCUCAGCCGUUGCUUUGAUAUAAAAGAAAGAAAGAAAUUUGUGAUUGAACAACAACAAUGAUAACGAUGGCCUCAAGAAUCUUGUAUGCCCUUUUAUU